AUGGACACCUGCAAUCCUCUAAUCCAAACGCGAGAUUCCAUUACCGACAUUUGGGGACCCCGAACUCCAUAUAAGGAUGAAUGGCCUGCCAGAGUGGACAUGGCAUACGAUGAAGAACCUGAACGAUGGGUUCAGAGCGCAUGUGUAUUAUGCAGCAAUGGCUGCGGCAUCGACAUUGGCGUCAAGCACAACAAGGUUGUUGGAGUCAGAGGGCGAAUCUUGGACCGUGUAAAUAAGGGGCGUCUCGGGCCAAAAGGACUGACAGGCUGGAAAGCCUUGCAUAGCAAGGAUCGCCUCACCCAUCCCCUGGUGCGAAAGAAUGGACGUCUCGAGGAGGUCUCUUGGGAUGAAGCGAUGAACUUGAUCGUCGCAAAGUCGAAGGAGUUGCAGAAACAUCUUACCAACCACAGCAUUGCUUUCUACACGAGCGGCCAACUUUUUCUAGAAGAGUAUUAUGCGCUGGCUUUAGUCGGUAAAGCUGGCCUGCAUACUCUGCACAUGGAUGGCAACACUCGUCUCUGCACGGCGACGGCCGCCGCGUCGAUGCGAGAGACUUUUGGGUCCGAUGGGCAGCCGGGCUCAUAUAGCGAUAUCGACUACACCGACUGCCUGUUCAUGGUUGGGCAUAACACAGCAGCGACCCAAACGGUACUGUGGUCGAGGAUCUUAGACCGUCUAGAGGGCCCCCUUCCGCCCAAAAUAAUCGUCGUGGAUCCCAGAUUAUCGGAGACGGCACGCAGGGCUACGCUUCACCUCAAGCCAAAAGUUGGCACAAACCUUGCCCUACUGAAUGGCAUCCAGCAUUUGCUCUUCAAAAACGGAUGGAUCGACGACGAGUAUAUCUCCAAACACGCCAUUGGCAGGGACGAGCUGGAAAGGGUUGUUGCCGGUUAUGACCCCAAGUCUGUUGAGAGCAUCACAGGGGUGCCAGCGGAGCAGUUAAAAGAGGCAGCACGUAUAAUUGGUACCACCAAGAGUUUGGUCUCUACGGCUCUCCAGGGAGUGUACCAAUCCAACCAAGCAACCGCCAGUGCUUGUCAAAUCAACAACAUCAAUCUCCUCCGGGGGUUAAUUGGGAAAGCUGGGAGUGGUAUUCUCCAAAUGAACGGCCAGCCCACCGCCCAAAACAACCGCGAAGCAGGGUGUGACGGCGAGUUUCCCGGAUUCCGCAACCACCAGAACCCCAACCACAUGCAGGAAUUAGCAAAGCUGUGGAACAUCGAUCCCAUUCAAGUUCCGCAUUGGAACGUGCCGACACAUGUGCAAAACCUUCUGAAUUACAUCGAGAGCGGUUCCGUCAGGAUGUUCUGGAUUAGUGGCACUAACCCGCUUGUUAGCCUACCAGACUUGCCGCGUGUUAGGCGACUCCUCACACAGCCGGGGCUUUUCCUUGUUUGCCAGGACAUCUAUCCAAACGAAACCACAUCCAUCGCUGAUGUGGUCCUCCCAGCUGCUCAAUGGGGUGAAAAGACAGGAUGUUUUACGAAUGCCGACCGCACUGUCCACAUCUCUCAUAAGGCAGUGGAUCCGCCAGGCGAGUGCAAGUCUGAUUUAGAAAUCUUCUUGGACUAUGCUAGGAGAAUGGGUUUUAAGGACAAGGAUGGCAACGAUCUGCUCCCCUGGAAGGGCCCCGAGGAGGUGUUUGAGGCGUGGAAGAAAGCGUCUGCUGGGCGCCCCUGCGAUUACACCGGGUUGACUUACGAGCCCCUAACAGGCGGAUCGGGCAUCCAAUGGCCGUGCAAUGCAAAGAAUCCGCGCGGGACGGAGAGGCUAUACUCGGACGGCAAGUUUCCCACUAACCUGGAGCAUUGCGAAAGCUUCGGCCAUGACCUCGAGACCGGUGCCCCUUACACCAAGGGCGAGUAUGAAAGCAUCAACCCAGCAGGAAGGGCAAUCCUCAAGGCAUGCCAUUAUUCUCCACCGAUAGAAGAGCCGGACGAGGAAUACCCUCUUAGAUUGUCAACGGGCCGAAAGGUCCACCACUUUCACACAAGAACCAAAACGGGCCGCACAGCAUUGCAACAAGCCUGUCCAGAACCAGAAGUCAGAGUGUCCAAAAAGGACGCCGCCAAUAUCGGGCUGACCUCGCUAGACCGCUGGGAUCCUAUCUCGAAACAGCCCAUGUUCAAAUCCGGCGCGGUCCGCAUUGAGAAGCUUCGCGCAUUUGCCACCGGCCCUCACAUCCGCGAACAGCACUCGGCAGCCAUUGGCCAAGCCGAAACGAAAUCCGCCGUCGAUACCACCACAGCCGCAGAGCUCACCCACCGCGAGCGGCAUCUAGAUCUCUGGCUCGGUGAGACGUACGAAACCACGGUCCAACUCCUCUCCAUCUACGAAACCCUCAUCCCGACACUCAUCAAAGACCUCGAAGUCGAGGCUGGCGUUCGCGUGAUGCACCGCAUAGCAUCACAAAUGCACGAUGCCCUCGCACCACACGUACGGCGGUACGGUGAAAACAAGCAGCGCGGAGAUCACCGCGCCCACAUACUGCGGCGUGCACUGUUCCCCGAACCCAAAGACUCACCAGACGAUGCGUAUGAAGUGCUGGAGACGCUGCAGGGGCUUGCAGUGUACCUAGCACAUAUCCGCGUAUCGAUUACGGCCUUAUUGCCGGCUGCCCAAGCACUAUGGGACCAAGGGUUUGUCGAGGCUGUGAAUACAACGCAGAAAUGUCUAGGGAGGAUGGAGAGUUGGGUUAACCACCAGGUGAAAGUUAGGAGUCCGCAGACACUCUUAGUGCCGGUUAGGGAAAGAAUAAUGACAGGGGGUAGAGUUCCGAGUUCCCCGCAGGGGGGGAGAGUGCGCCCAAGGAGUAGAGUUCCAUGGCCAUCUCGCACGCGGCAGACGAGGCGAGCUGCUGCUCAUCACGACGACGCUUCUGCUGACCGAGCAUUCCGUGGCGGCCAAGCACGCUCUACCCUCCUCGUCUACUUCAGCGGCGUCGCGGGCCUCGGCGCAGACGGGUCUUCGUUCAAGAGACCCUCGCGGUACACAUCCAAGCUUUCCGCCCUGAUCUAUUGCGCGCGCCUCCUCCUUUUAGAGACCGUUCUCCCGCGCUUUCCCCACCACCACAUCCGGAUAGCAGCCCGGCCGCACCGGAAUCAGGUCGAGCGCCUGAAUAAAGUCCGGGUGCCAGCAUUCUGCCUGGGUUCCCAGGCCCCCGUCGGCGAGCUGCUCGGUCUUCGGAACUAUGGCCGCAAGUUAGCACGGUCGGAUGGACCCGUCUUCCGUGUCCGAUGGAGCGAGGACGACCAGGUCUUGUCGUGGGACGAGGGCCGUAUCUCGAUGCAGCAGUUUCGGGCUCUCUCGCACGGCUUGCUCCGGUCCGUCGCGUCGUCGACGAGGCGCCUGAUGUACGACUUGCAGCCGCAGGUCGAUCUCCACGCCCUCCGGGACAAGAUGUCAGAUGUGGGAAAAGGCUACUCGUUCGUGACCGAGCCGGCGAACCACCUGGUCGAUGCCUUCUUAGCCUUGUCGGAGCGUGCCUGCCUCUCCCCCGUGAAUGGUCUGAUCGGUAGGAGCGGAUGGGACCAGCAGGCCGUCCGUCGCUAUAUCGAGCUGCACGACCAAGCGCUGGUGGAGCUCAUGGCACUGAUCCACCUCACCGGCGGGCAGGCUGCUCGGGCGACGGAGCUGAUGUGCCUAGAACAUUGCAACGGCGCUUCGACAAGCCGGGGCAUAUACGUCUACGACGGCUCCUUCUUCCUCGUAACCAGGCAUACCAAGGCCCGUUCGGUUACCAACCAAGAGUUCCAAGUCGCCCGCAUGCUGCCGGACGAAAUCGGCCGCCUCCUCUACCAGUACCUUGUGUAUAUCCGGCCGUUCACAUACAUGCUGCAACGGCGUUGCUACGGAAUCGACGUCGAGUCUUCGUUGCUGUUCUGCUCCCCACAGAGACCCGACAGGCUGUGGAAGACACACGUCCUUUCAGGGGCGCUGCGGCGGCUCACCGAAUCGACCGUCGGCCGAGCGUUUGGCACACAUGUAUAUCGGCAGCUCUCCAUUGCCGUUACCGAGAAGCACGUUCGGCAAAUCAGGAAUCCGUUUGACCGCCACAAUGAUCGAAGGCGUGACGCUGACGGUGGCGUGGCGUUCGCCUGGCAGAGCGGACAUCGGCCCUGGCAGAGAGCCUGCAUGUACGGGCUCGACGGGGCCUUCCCCGACAGCCUCCAACCCGCCCUUCUGCAGCUUUACAAGUGGGUAUCUUUGGAAUGGCACGGAUUUCUACAGCUCGGGCAGCCGGAUCCGGCGCGCCAAAUCCCCGGAAUGGCGGCGCAGCCGCCUCGAGUUUCUCUACUGCCGAACGACUGCCCGCUUGACGUCAGUGAGCCGGCGUCCUCCGCGCCGCUUGUUCGGACCGUACAGCCUCGAACAGCUCCGAAUGGCCCGCAGCCAGAUCGUACCCUACCUGGCCAUCGAUCCGACCAAGCUGGCGAGGAAGGGCCUGAUGCGUUUCCCGUCUACAGACCGCCGAAGAGGCGGCGUUUAGAAGAAGGAGAAAAGCCUCUAAAGCCUCUAGCCCCCAGGGCCGAGAGUGCCCCCAAUUGUACGGCCCCCGACGAUCCUAGCGUACAGUCGGCUGGCUACACACAGGCCUUACAAUCUCGCUCAACAUCACCCAGGAAUGUGUCUCCAACAAGUAUAGGAACGGGGACGGAGACGGGAACAGGGACGGGAACGGAGACAGAAAUGCGAAUGGGGAUAGAAAUGCGGAUGGAGACAGAAACGCGGACGGUAACACAUAUCGUGCAGGACGGGGCCAGGGUCGUGGGCAUCGUUCGGCCACCUAUUCUAGCCCCUAUACGAGAGAAGGGCUUACGUAUAGUGCUGUUCGAUGAAUUCUUCAAACGAUUUCCUGCAUUCCGGAUAGCGGUUUGCCGCGAGCACUGUGGUGCGGUUACGGCGAAGUCGGUUGCGUCACAUGUCGAUUCGUACCACUCCCAUCUAGCUCCAGGGGAUCGGCGGCGCAUCGUGGAGGAGGGGUUGGCGCUGCAAGAUGACGGCUUGCUAGCCGCUAACAUAGACGGCAUCCGGUUCCCCAGCGAGGUGAUACCGGCAAUGGACGGAUUGCCCAUGUGGAGCGACGGCAAGAAGUGCAUACAGUGUGGGCAUAUCCGGCGUACGAGGCAGGACAUCCAGAGGCAUUGCCAGUCAGCGCAUGGUUGGAUCAACCCGAGAGGGCGUGGUAGGAAGCUUGGUGCAGGGCCGGUAGGUGGGUUAGGCGAGGUGUGGGUGGACGGUAUCCGUUGUCAGCGAUUCGGCCGGACGGGCGCGCUGCAGCGGUUGUUCGAGGUGGUGCCACCGGCGUCAGCAGGGGCGGUCGAUUCUAUGCAAGGUCGAGCCCGGGGCAAGGACUGGUCGAUGAGUACCCGAAAGGCCAAGGGGCAGCGGAGAAGAAAUAAUUAA